UCUGAUCGCCUCACCCAGCCGAGCGACUGUAGAUACCGAGCCGGGCAGAUUUUGGGGUCCGGGUCCUUCCCGAGCCCGAGCAGGGCGCCCGAGUUCCCGCGGGCGACAGCUACAGACCCUCCCCCUCCGGACCCCAGCGGCGGCCGCGCCCCACCGUGUUCUGACCUACGGAGUGGGCCCGCUCUGAAGUCCCGCCCCUCCGGGUCUGCCAGGGUCUCUGAUUGGCUUCUGGGUGCAUCACUCAACGCGGUUCGCCCAAUGCAGGGCCGGGCCGGUGGCCCCGGUGGCCCCGCCCCCGCCCCGCGCCGGGAGCGGAGCGGAGUAAAUACAACAGGAGCGCAAAAUGGCGGAGCCGCCGAGCCCACUGAGCGGCGCCGCCGCAGCCCCGGCUGUCUUGGAGAAGGAGCCCUUCGGCAAGCUGCAGUCUUCCUCCCGGGACCCGCCGACUUCUCUGUCCGCCAAGAAGGUCCGGAUGGAGGAGAAGAAGGCGCCGCGGCGAGUGAACGGGGACGGGGUCGGCGGCGCGAGCGGCAGGCAGGCGCCGGCCCCUCCGCCUCCGAGCGGCGGCGGCCCCGCGCCCUGGAGCCUCGCCGCGCCGCCCGUCGCCGCCCGCAGCUGCUUCCCGCUCCCCGCCGGCGCCUCCCUGCUCGUGCCCGGCCCGCUGCUGCCCGCCGCGCCCUCGGCCGGGCCCGCGCCGCGCAGACCCAAGGAGAAACGGGCGAGGGAACGGCGGCGCCACGGGCUCGGCGGGGCCGCGCGCGCGGAGAACGGGGAGGGCCGGCCGCCGCCGCGAGAUAAAAUCAAAGACAAAAUUAAAGAGAGAGACAAAGAAAAAGAGAGAGAAAAAAAGAAGCAUAAAGUAAUGAGUGAGAUCAAGAAAGAAAAUGGAGAAGUAAAGAUUUUGCUGAAGAGUGGGAAGGAGAAACCAAAAACAAAUGUAGAAGACUUACAAAUUAAAAAGGUAAAGAAGAAAAAGAAAAAGAAACACAAAGAGAAUGAGAAACGGAAGCGCCCGAAAAUGUACAGCAAGUCCAUUCAGACCAUCUGCUCAGGACUGCUGUCUGACAUUGGAGAGGAAGCAGCCGAAGGCGUCCUCAGUGAUAACGUGAAGGAUUACACGGGCAAGACCUCGGACACCAAGAACUAUGACUCCAGAAUUCCAGAGAACAGCGAGUUUCCGUUUGUCUCCUUGAAGGAACCCCGAGUUGAGAAAACUCUCCGGAGGCUGGACAUGCUGGAGUUCAGACAGCUCAUCCACAUCGAGCACCAACCCAACGGGGGCGCCUCGGUCGUCCACGCCUACAGCAGCGAGCUGUCCCACCUGUCUCCCGUGGAGAUGGAGAGGUUUGCCGAGGAGUUUGUGGGCUUGGUAUUCAGCGAGAACGAGAGCUCGGCAGCUUUCUAUGUGAUGGGGAUUGUUCAUGGGGCAGCCACUUACCUGCCUGACUUUUUAGACUACUUUUCAUUUAACUUUCCCAAUUCACCUGUGAAAAUGGAGAUAAUGGGAAAGAAAGACAUAGAGACAACAACUAUGUCCAAUUUUCAUGCUCAGGUAAAAAGAACAUAUUCACACGGUACUUAUAGAGCUGGCCCAAUGCGACAAAUAAGCUUGGUGGGAGCAGUUGAUGAAGAAGUGGGCGAUUACUUCCCUGAGUUCCUCGACAUGUUGGAAGAGUCACCGUUUUUAAAAUGUACACUGCCAUGGGGGACGCUCUCCAGUCUCAAAUUGGAGAGUCGCAAAGAUAGUGAUGAUGGCCCCAUCAUGUGGGUGCGUCCCGGAGAGCAGAUGAUCCCUGUGGCCGAUAUGCCAAAGUCACCUUUCAAAAGGAAACGAACUACCAAUGAAAUAAAAAACCUCCAGUACCUACCUCGAACCAGUGAGCCUCGUGAGAUGCUCUUUGAAGACAGGACACGAGCCCACGCCGAUCACAUUGGCCAAGGCUUUGAGCGGCAGACCACCGCUGCCGUGGGGGUGCUGAAGGCCGUGCAGUGUGGAGAGUGGCCUAAUCAACCCCGAAUAACCAAAGAUGUAAUUUGUUUUCAUGCUGAAGAUUUCUUAGAAAUAGUUCAACGAAUGCAGUUGGAUUUGCAUGAACCUCCACUGUCCCAGUGUGUCCAGUGGGUUGAUGAUGCAAAGCUUAAUCAACUGAGGAGGGAAGGCAUCCGCUAUGCCAGGAUUCAGCUGUAUGAUAAUGACAUUUACUUUAUUCCAAGGAAUGUUGUUCACCAGUUCAAGACAGUUUCCGCUGUAUGCAGUUUAGCAUGGCAUGUCCGACUCAGAUUGUAUCACUCAGAGGAGGACGUUAGUCAGAGCACAGCUACCCAUGAAACAGGCACAUCACCGGAUUCCACGUCGGUAGUUCCUUUACCUCACACGGACAGCGUGAUAUGUGCUGUAAGGAAAACCUCCUUGGAUUCUGUGUCUUCAGACAAACUUCAUUCUAAAUAUGAAUUAGAGCAGAUUAAACAUGAACCUAAUGCAUCUAUAAGGAUCAAGGAAGAACCUGUGAAUAUUAAUAUUUCUGAAAAGACUAGAGCACCGACUAAUAUGGAUGGGAAGAAUAUUAGAGCAAAAUUGGAUCAUGUUCAGUUUACAGAAUUCAAGAUCGACAUGGAUUCUAACUUUGGAAAUAGCAACAAAGAACUAAAGGAAGAAUUGAGUCCUGGGAGUCUCAUAAGUCUAGUUGAUACAAGGCAGCAUAGUUCAGCACACUCAAAUCAAGACAGAAAUGAUGAUGACAUUUUGUGCUAAAUUUGUACAGAGCAUUUAAAAUUCUUUUUUUUAAAAACUAAUAAUGUAAUAAAGAUUCAUGAAUUCUGAAAGCAAGCAAAGGACUUGCUCUCAAGUCUGUUACAAAAUAUAGAUGAUGUUAGCUUUGUAACAUUCCUCAGUGCCUGUCCAUGACUGUGAAGUAUCAAGUACUUAGGGCCAGACGCACUGUAAACAUUGCAGGUUUAAACAGAAAGGAGUCUUCAAAAAAAUCAUUUGAUUUGGAGUAGGUUUUAGAAUCAAGCUGACAUUAACACACACACACAUACACACACAUAUAUAUAUUUUGUAAUAUGAGCCAGAACUUUUUCACAAUUUAAGGCUUUUCCAUAGAGCUUAUUUAUACCAUUUUUUUCAUUUUAAAUGUGUCAGCACUGUAGUGUAAAUAGCUUUAAAAAAUCUUUUUAGUGUGAUUUAUAUUGAAAUGUGAGCCACUUAAUAAAGGUUCAUCAUAAUAAAUAUGUUUUCUGUUCAGUCUGCAAAGACAAACUGACAAUUCAGUUAAAUCAUUUGUUUGGUACAUUGUGUUUCUCUAUGCUAGUAUGUCUAUUUAGAGUGGUAAGGAGUGCAAAUGUACGUAUUCAAGUCUAGUAAAUAAAUUCUCCACACUGUGCAAGCAUUUUUAAAACCAAGAUUCAGGGCUGGGGAUUUAGCUCAGUGGUUUCGCUACCUGCUGCGCAAGUACAAGGACCUGGGUUCGAUCCCCAGUACCAAAAAAAAAAACAAACCAAGAUUCAGUUAUGAAAGUGUGUGUGUGUGUGUGUGAAUGUAUAUAUGUGUAUCCUAUUUUGCACAAUUUCUUAAAUUGCUGAAUAAGAUGAAUAUGUGAAACUUCUUAGCCCUACUUCCUGGAAUACAUUUUAAAAUAUUUAUAUUCAACCUUAAGAAAGCAGUUUAGGUAACAAAAAUUUUAGAAAGUUGGGAGAAAUAAGAUAUGUUAAUAUCUAAUCCUUCUAACUAAUGAAGAUAUGUUGCUAAGAUUAUUUACCCAUAACAAAUUUUCCUUGUUGUGUAUGGAACCAGUAGAAAGUUUUCUUACUAAUAAGCACCUGUGCUAUACUUGAUUAUAGCUGAGUAAGAAAUCUUUAGUUAUAGAAAAUUUAAUUGUAAACAAUUAAAAUCCUCUUUAACAUUUUUCUUGUAGAAUGGGAAAAAUAUGGCAAAAAUCAAAACCAUACAAUAAAGGCAAUGACUUGAUUGCCAUAUACAGAGAGAUAACUAACAAAAUACUGUGUUACCUCAUCUUUCUCAGGAUUCCCUCCCUACCCUAGCAAGGGAAACAACUGGGUAUACUUCCUCUAUAACGAAGCUCUGGAAAAUAAAUGUCAUAGGAAACAGAAUUGCCAGUGCCUAAUUAAAGACGAGUAAAACAUAUUUCUUUAAUGAUGAGGUCAGCACUAUUUCAGACUGCUUCCACUUCUGUAAUGAAAGUCAAACAAGUCUUUGAUGUAUGCACAGAUGUAAGGAACUCUGCUCAUUGCAAACCUAUUCCUCGGUUCUUCUAUUAUUCCUACUUUGGUUAAUAACUUAGUUGCGGUUCUUUGUGCUACAUUUCCGUGUUUUCUGUUCUGGCCACAUUUGUGGUACCCAUCAAAACUCAUUCUAGUUAGAAAGAAGCCCUUUAGAAAGAUGCACUUCACCAGAACAAAUGAAAAUUGACUAUCAAUGAUGUCCGUUUUGGCCCCCAUUUUAAUAAAAAGGGGCAGAUACUAUACUAUAGGAAAUCAAUGUUUACAGCAUGGGAAGUCUCAUGGGAUAGGGAAGGUCUAAAUCAUGAUAAUGUAAAUAGGGGUUUUGUUAUAUAUGUCACUGUGUUAUGCUCCUACCUAUUUGAUCUGCUUUGUUAAAUUUAGGGACUUUUAUAUUCUUUGGGAAAUAAAGUUCUCAAUAAAUCAGAAUUGAAAAAUAGGAAGGGAUUGCUUAAAAUAUUUUUGAUCUUUUAAAAUUGAAAAGUGAUAUAUUUAAGAAGGUAUGUUUUAUUUCCAGUUUUCCAGAAGCAUAUACAUAAAUGCACUGAGGUCACACUGUAAGAUUUCUUUAGGGUAACUGUCUGAAAUAUAUGAGCCUUAAGCAUUCAACUAGAAGGAAUGCAUGUUGAAAACAGCUACAGUGGUUGCUUUUAGGUAUACUUUCUUAUAUAACCUAUAGUUGAACUAAUGAAAAUUUGUUUUCUGAAAUGCUUAAAUCUCUGUGGAAGUGUUUUACCUAAAUCACGGGUUAACAGUAAAUUAGUUCACCUUCAAUAAAGCUUACGUUCCUUGUCUUAUGGAUAGUGUAUAAUUUUUAAAUCCUCUUUAGGUCAUUCUGAGAACUUGUUGACUGCCUUUGUCACACAUAAAUUUCUAUUUUAAUAUUGCAUCGUAUUAAUGGUUUCUUAGUACAUUCCAGUUCUUUAUCUGAAUAGAAGAUUUUUGCUUUUAUUUCUAAUAUCUUGUACCAGAACAAUAAAUCACUUAAGAUAUAGUUUCUAUAUGGUCAUAUGGUGUAUAGAAUAAAUUGUUAUAUAAAUUAUUAAAUGGAUAUAUAGACCUUUACAUAAAAACUUUAGUACCUCAGUGGUACGUUAUAGCAAUUAUGUUUUUCCUUUUGUUUCUUUUCAGUUUUUUGUUUUGAUUUGGUUUGGUUUUUUGAGACAGGGUCUUGCUAUGUAGUUCAGGCUGUCCUUGAACGCACUAUGUAGCUCAGGCUGGCCUUGAACUCACAGCAAUCCUCCUGCCUCAGCCUCCCGAGUGCCGGGAUUCUGGCAUGUGCUACCAUACCUGGCACCUGUUUUUAUUUUUACCCUGUUAAGUUAUCUAAGUAAUAUAUAUUCUAUACUCAGGUUAGCUGGUUAGCUGGUGAAAGAAUUAAGCAUUUGUGGUAUUUAGUUGCAAACUUUACUAAAGCCAUAUAUUCAUUACCUUGUCACCAAGACUGUUGACCUUAAAUAAAGAUGAGGUUGAUGUAGCACAA